AUAUAUAUAAGGUUAAUAUAUAUAUAUAACAAAGGUCGUUGUAACCUCUUGGUGUAUAUUUGAAACUUUUGAGCAUGAAGUAGUUGGUUCAAAUCUCGCUGGUUUAACCAAUUGGUAUUCCUGGUAUUGACUGGAUACCAAUAAUGAAUAUCAACCCCUUCAUAGCUGGUUUAUUUUUUAAUGACGUGUGUGAAAAAUACUGAAAUUUAGUUUAGGGUCUAACAGGUCGUUAUUCUUGGUAUUGAUCGGAUUUAACCAAUACUGAAUACUGACCCCCUUUCUAACCGGUUUGGUGACAUAUACCGAUCGUAUCAGGUUGACUUGAACGUUAGGAAGUUGGUGUGACAACCAGUUUGCCCUCACCAAAGUACCACUUUACCUCAAAAGGGGGGGAAAUUGUAGUAACUAGGUGUAAUAAAUGGUUACGUCGUUCACGGUUUAAUCGCUAGCCGGCUUUUAAUAUUUAACCACGAACCAUCAAGAAGCAUGUGGGUUGUGUUAACGGAAGGUGAAAAUCUCUUAUUGGAUUAUCAAUCUAUACACUGUUAAUUAAUCGGCGGUUGGGGGUUACUUGAUUAAUAACCGGUAAAGGUUGUUAACCAUCCAAUAUAGGCAAAAACGCCACACUCAACAAAGGAAACAACUUCGCCCCUAACCACUCGAACACUCACAUAUUCCCUUCCUCUCCUUUCAGUCAGAGCAACUUCAUUCCUGACCCAUAGCCUCGAACCCACAAAAUCAUAUUCGCUUUUUCAAGCCCAAUCGCCGACUGAUUUUGAUCUCAUCAUCUUCUAAUUCAAACCAAAUAAUUACGGUUAGAACCCGGCAUAUCUACUUUGGAUUGUGUAGAAUCAUAUUAGUUAAAUGAACAUUUUGGGUUAGGUUGAAAUUCCUACAAAUGCAUUUAUUGUUAGAAAAGGGGCUUUGUCCCUGUAGUGGCCACUCGCCCGGCCAGCCGCGCCUUUGUCUGUGUCUUCUGGCCUGCGAUGGUGUGUAUGAUUGGAUUCCCUUCUGUCGGUAGGAGGGGGAAGGAAUAAUAAUAAUAAUAAUAAUAAUAAUAAUAAUAAUAAUAAUAAUAAUAAUAAUAAUAAUAAUAAUAAUAAUAAUAACAACAUUAACAUGAUUAACACAGAGAAGUAAAAAGAAAACUCAAUACUAUGCAAUAAUUAGUGAGCCACUAAUUGUUCUAAAAAUGCAAAAAAUAUAAAAAAAAAACGUUAAUAAUAUUGCGAAGUCUUACCGUAUGAUUGACGUAUAAUAUACGUUCUCUCUUGUUAUUUUUUUUAUUAAUUAAUUUUAUGAUUUGAGUUUAGAAAAUUGGCGAUUGUGGUUCACUCAUCGAAGAUUAAGAUUUGAUAUCAUGUCGGAGCAUUUGAUUGGUUUAUAGUCUAUAAAACAAAACUCAUUAAGUAUAUACUGUUCAUCAGAUUAUUAGGCCCAGAUUUACAACUCUGCCAGCCAUCUGCCUUGUACCAUGCUGCACAUAUGAUCAUGGUUUAAGAAACCCUACCAUACCGAUCGGUCCAAUCGGAAAUACGGGAUACUGAACUCUAAACGGUAGGCGGUGGUAGCGGUACAAAGCGGUUGGAUAACUGUUCAACCACGAUUUCAGUACAAAAAUAGUGAUACCCUACCACUAACUUUUUCGAUACAACUUCUAGUAUGAUUUCACAAACAUAUGUAGUGGUUAAACAUUCCGAACCAUGACUAAUCAUGGACAGAAAGAACUUUCCCAAAACAAAUGAAAAAGAAAACAUUGACCGUAUCAUUAAUCAAUCAGAAAGUAUGGUAAAGACACUAAUAAUACCCACAAAAACAGGAAGAAUCUUUGGACCAAAACCAACCAAACCACCAACCAUUAGGGAUGGAGGGGAAGAAGAAAGACAUCUAUUCAAGCCAAAUAUAAUCAUGUAUUCUGUUCUUUCUUAUGACUAAAAUACUCAUAUUUUUUUCAGAGAGCAAAAAACAACCAAAACCUGUACCAAACCUGUGCUAGAAAUGUCCAAUUGUUUUUUUGUCCAAUUACUCUAUUGAAUCCAACAGAAAACCUAACCUCGUUGAUGAGGUAGUUUUACAAUUCACAUACUUCUUACAAAAUUUUGGUCAAGAAACUAUACCUACCAUCCAAUUGAAUAUGAAAUACUAUGGAUCAAUCCAAAGUUGUACUAAUAAGUGUGUGAUAGGGUGUUUUAUGGUUUAAUCGUGAUUUAACUGUUUCACAUCGGUAAAAAAAUUAUACCUAUCGGAGUUUUGAUGGACAAUUUUUUUUCAGUCGGACUGGCGAAUACAAUACUGUUUAUUAAACAGUCGAUUGUACUGCGCUUAGUAGCCACAUAUGCAACUCAUUUCACUUAAUAUUUUACCGUUUGAGGAUAAUCAUUAACAUGGAUAGUAAGUCAACAACAAAUUCGACAAAAACUUCGCCUAACUACAUGGAAUCAAUUGUAUCACAACAAAACCCAUCAAAGAUUGAAACAUUAGAGAAACUCUUGCUCUUGUUAUUAUUGAGAAACCUAGUACUACCCUAUUCAAGGAGGGGGUGUUAAUGUCUUGGUAAGGGAACUUCAACAUGAAUCUAACCAAAAAAAUCAGACUACUUAAUCCUAAUUACACGUGUUUCUUAUACUAAGUGAAUUCUCCAUCAAAGUGAAAGCAACCCUUCUUUUUUCAUAAAAUUCCCAACAAAUCAACCGAAAAACAGUUCAAUCAAAAUACAACCCAAAUUAGUGGCCGGUGGCCGGCACAAUUUUUCCCUCAAUAUAAAGUUGUUAAGAAACCCCGACCGGAAAGCUCCUCCGACCACCACCAAACCUCACGAACUUUUGCAAUUCCCUUUCACCACCGUCUCCUCCGCCGCCGCUCCAUGGUGGUCCGAUGAGAAUAAAACAAAAGUUUUGACAAUCAAUUAGGCCACGUGACGAACACGUGCCAGUAUUCUCUCCUCCAUUCCUAUCGUUAUUACCCCGCGCGUAAAAUAACUACCCCCUAAAAUCCAGCUCUGUUCAAUCUCUCUCUCUCUCUCUUCUCUGUCACUCUCUGCAAACUGAAUCACUCUGUCCACCGCCAUGAACAGCACCGCCCCAAUCGAGCCGCAUCCACAUUCCAAUUCAAUGCUCUGUGUUCCCCUUUAAUUUCCUGAAACAAACCCCCUCGCCGGAGUUGAAAACCCAUUUUCCCGAUCAGAGGAAAGGGGAAUAAAUAGAGAAGAAUUCUCGACGGGGGGAGGGGGGUUUUGGCGGUGAACGGUACUGAUGACGGACCAAUUAUCAAAACCCACCUCAAUUUUCGGAUUGAAACUAUGGGUAAUCGUCGGCGUAUGCGCCGGAGCUUCCUUCGUGAUACUCCUCUUCCUAAUCACACUCUGGCUCGCCUCCAAGCGAUCCUCCAAAUCCCGGGCCAACGCCGCCGCCGUCGACGCAGCCGGCGGUAGCCGCCACGCGAUCCCGGCCGUAUCGAAGGAGAUCCAGGAGAUCAGAAUCGACCCCGUCAAGACCAAUGCCGCCGCCGCCAACCAGGCCGACGCGGGUCCCGUCGGCAACGAGAGGCUGUCCCUCCUCGUGCCCAAUUCGUCCUCCGGCGACGCGAUUCGCGGCGGAGGAUGCAGUAACGGGUCGUACUACCACCACGGCGGCGGGGUUCAGGUGGAAAUUGGGAGGGGGCACAACAAGAUUCUGUACCCCGGUGGGUCGUCCGGCGAAGGAGGCCUCCUUCCUCGCGGCGGAAGCGGGAGCAGCGGCGGCGGCGGCGGAGGAAGUAGCCACGGCCGUGGGGGUUCGGCGACGGUGAUUCCCGAUGUGUCACAUUUGGGCUGGGGACACUGGUACACUCUGCGUGAGCUGGAGGAAGCUACGGACUGUUUCGCCGACGGGAACGUCGUCGGCGAGGGCGGAUACGGCAUCGUUUACCACGGUGUUUUGCAGGAUCGGACCCAGGUCGCCGUCAAAAACUUGCUUAAUAACAGGGGACAAGCUGAAAGGGAAUUCAAGGUAGAAGUGGAAGCCAUUGGAAGGGUUCGGCAUAAGAAUUUAGUAAGGCUGCUUGGCUAUUGCGCUGAAGGAGCUCAAAGGAUGUUAGUUUAUGAGUAUGUGAACAAUGGGAAUUUGGAGCAGUGGCUCCAUGGAGAAGUAGGACCUAGCAGCCCUCUUACAUGGGAGAUCAGAAUGAAUGUUAUUCUGGGAGCUGCCAAAGGGUUAGCUUACCUUCACGAGGGUUUAGAACCGAAAGUGGUCCAUCGGGACGUGAAAUCGAGCAACAUUUUGCUCGACCAGCAGUGGAAUGCCAAGGUCUCGGACUUCGGCCUGGCUAAGCUCCUAAACUCGGAGAGGAGCUACAUUACCACAAGGGUAAUGGGAACGUUCGGGUACGUAGCACCAGAAUACGCAAGCACAGGGAUGUUGAACGAGAGCAGCGACGUUUACAGCUUUGGGAUUCUUGUCAUGGAGAUUAUAAGUGGGAGGAACCCAGUCGAUUACGCCAGGCCUCCUGAAGAGGUGAACCUAGUUGAUUGGAUCAAGAAGAUGGUUACGAGCAGAAAUGCAGAAGGGGUGUUGGAUCCCAAGCUACAGGAGAAGCCGUGUUCAAGGGCGUUGAAGCGAGCUCUUCUGGUAGCUCUACGCUGCGUUGAUCCCAACUCGCAGAAACGGCCCAAAAUGGGACACAUUGUACAUAUGCUAGAGGCUGAUGACUCCUUUAGAGAAGAUCGUCGAGCUGGAAAGGACCCGACAAACCAACGAUCAUGCAGGGCGAAAGACGGGCUGCUAGACAAGCAGGUGACAGAAUCAGGUGGUGGUGCUGGGAGUAGUCGCAAAAGUGGGCCUGAAAGUGCGGUGGGAGCUAUAGAGGCAAGAUGACAGCUAUCUAUCCAGUGGAAAGAAAGACCCUACCGGGAGGAGAUUUCCAGUUGAGCUUACAGCAACUUGCUUGGGCCGGGGGCAACCAGUAAUUCAUUAUUCAUCCCUAUGUACAGAAACUCAGUCGAACGCUUUAUCAAUUUGCAUUCUCUUUCCCCAUAAUUCAUGCCUUCAGUUUUUCCUACUUCUAAAGCUGUACCACAAGAUUCCACAUUCAUACAUCUCCAAUCAAAGGAAGAAAGAAAUACAAUUUCACUUCCAAAUGUGCCAUUUCCAGGUGACUGCGUCUGGUUUUUUUUUUUUUGCAGUAGAACAAGAGUUGGAGUGCAAGGUAAAAGAAGCCUGGGCCAGAUAAAGUGGUCUUAUGUUU